GCGGCGGUGUAAGCCGGCUGUAGUUGUAGGUUGUAGUUGUAGGUGAGCUCAGCCUCUCAGCUCUCAGCUCACUCAGGACUCACCGGCUCACUGAGAGGAGGUCACGGCUCUCUCUCUUUCAGGGUUUAGCGCCCAAACUGGAGUGUUUCUUGUCAGGUUUUCGUUUAUAAACUACGUGAAAUGAUUUGACCGAGAAAUGAAGCACAGCCCGGACGAGUUUCGUGGAGCUACGAGGCGACAAACCGGCGGAAAGAGUCUCGGUGUCUGGUGAAGCUACAGGUAGGAGCCGUUAACCGGGGAGACGAGCUACAAGCUAGCCAGCGGAGGAGAGCGGCUUCCGGGCCAGGAGCAUGACUGAGCAGCAGGAGCAGAGCGAAGAAACAGGCCUGAUCGCAACACAGGACCUGGACCACUCCAAGGACGACGACGCACACGGCCACUUCAGGUUUCAGCUGAUUGAAGACCUGUCCUAUGAAGAUGUGAAGAAAUGUUACCGAGGCUCGGUGAGUCAGGUGCAUGUAGACUUAGCGGUAGACAAGUCUUCCAUCUCGGUGCCCCGUACUGACCGGCGACAGGGGGCACAGUGUGUGUCUUGCAGCGGGUUGCUCCAGGCCUUGGAUGUGCGCGAGUGUGUGUGUGUGUACGGUGCCAACGUGCUGAGCCUGGUGCAGAGCUCGCGUCCUCUGAGGGAGAGGGUGGUGUCUGCGGCGAGCGGAGCCAGAGUGGCCGGUGGUGGCGGAGUGGCCGGUGUUGCUGGUGGGGCCGUGCAGGCAGGCCGGUCCGCCAAGGAGCUGCUCAUGACUCUGCCCUGUCCCUCUGCACAGACUGUCAGCAAGUACAACUCGCAGUACCACAAACUGUUCCAGUGUGUGCCCAAGGAUGAGAUCCUCAUGAAAGUGUACUCCUGUGCUCUUCUCAGAGAUAUUCUCCUACAAGGCCGGCUCUACAUUUCCAGAAACUGGCUGUGUUUCUAUGCCAACCUCUUCGGCAAGGACAUCAAGGUGGCUAUCCCUGUCGUUUCUGUGAGGCUGGUGAAGAAGCACAAAACAGCGGGCCUCGUGCCCAAUGGCUUGGCUAUCACCACAGACACGGGCCAGAAGUAUGUAUUUGUAUCUCUGCUAUCAAGAGACAGUGUAUAUGACGUCCUCCGCAGGAUCUGCACACACCUACAGGUCAAUGGGAAGAGUCUGAGCUUGAAGCAGUUCAUGGAGGAGCCGACCUUAUCGCUGGACGAGUUCCCGGUUCCAGACGAGUUCCCAGUGGUUGAUGAAUUCCCAUCAGUGUUAAAGUGGAGAAGGAAACCCUCAGUGGUGUCUGUGUCGUCCUCCCUUCCUGACCUGCUGGGGACCUCCACCAGCAGCCUGAGCGCCGUAGACGCACCCUUCAAAUCAGAGCAGCCGCUGGAAGAGCGAGCUCUGCAAACAGACAGAGGUCUUUUAUCAGAGCCACUGGCGGAGCUGGGCCAGAUGGAGUACCAGCUGCUCAAGUUCUUCACCCUGCUUAUUAUCCUCCUCAUCCUGUCUUCGUGCUACCUGGCCUUCCGUGUGUGCAGUCUGGAGCAGCAGCUGUCCUUCCUCAGUAACCCAAAUCUGCCCCUGAGAGAGAGGUAACCACUGCUCUCCGCUGUGACCCAUCGGAUUGGCGGCUGUUUUCUCCUCUCGUGCUCGGAGCUGACGAUGCCCUCCUGCAAAGAUCCAGGACCAGCUUUAGAGCCCCAGAAAACCCUGCACCAACACGAAGGAGCAACAUCAACCCGAGUCCCUUCCCCUCCGCAGAAUGACUUCCUACUUAGUGAUCACUUCCAGACUAUGCAAACAGACUGUCUAUUUAUUUCUGAUUUUUAAAGUAGGUUUUACUGUAGCUUAUGAUUGUCUACCAUGGCCUAUCCCCCUCCCAGACAUCUGUAACCACAUGACUCUGCAGUGUAGACCUCUAUACACUAAAGCAGUGAGCAGAUUGCAGUUGAAGCUGCUGUUUGAUGAAGUUUAGGAGCGGUGAUGGAGAAGAGAGGUGAGGAUGGAAAGGUAAGGUAAGAGAUAAUUCAACACAUUAAUUACUUGAAAAGUAAAGAUAUUUCAGGUGAGUUGUUGACUGACAAGUGGACUAAACCAAAUGUUUUCUGCUGAGAUCUUGACAUAGCCCUCAGUAGAACGGCUAAAACAAGCUACGACAAUGCACUUUUUAAUAUAUGUCCACAUUAUUUCAAAUAUAUGUCACUGUUUUAAGACUUUAGAUCUAUUUUAUUCUUGAUAUUAGGUACUCAGUUGUCAUUUGUGAGGGUAUUUAUGGAAAGAAGUCGUGUUGACUGAAUGAAGUUACCUGUCAUUUAACUGUAAUGUGCUGGAGCGAGAACACCACUUGUGGGUGUUAACUAUAAUGUGAAUGAGAUGGUUAGGUGCAUAAUUUCUGUUUUUAGUUGUACUAAUCUGCUGUAUGAAAGGAGUUUUAUACAUUUUAAAUGAAGUCACCAAAGACUUAAAAAUUACACAUUGAGGUUGAUGAGAUUAUAUCUUUGUCUGAAGAUAUAUUUAAUGAUUUUGCACACAUGGGUAGAAUGUAGUCCUAGACUCGUUUGUGAAAUCCCUAUGAAUUAAAUUGGCAACAAAAUAUAGAUGAACGAAAAAUG